AUGGAUGCACAAGUGGGUGUAGCACCUCCUGGAACUCAGAGCUCUGUUUUGUUUCGCCCUCAGACAACACAUCCUGUAGUUUGUGCAGCCCAGCAAACCGCCACAACCAACAGUUCUGUUAGUGAAGAGCACUCUAAACAGAAAUCUUCUACAUGGACAGAACACAAAUCGCCUGAUGGAAGAACAUAUUAUUAUAAUACUGAAACUAAGCAGUCUACAUGGGAGAAGCCAGAUGACCUCAAAACACCUGCUGAGCAAUUGUUGUCUAAGUGUCCCUGGAAAGAGUAUAAAUCUGAUUCUGGAAAGCCCUACUAUUAUAAUUCCCAAACAAAGGAAUCGCGCUGGGCAAAACCCAAGGAGCUUGAGGAUCUUGAAGCAAUGAUAAAAGCUGAAGAAAACAGCACAAAGACUGAAGAAUCAACUGCAGCGAUAUCUACUCCAGCUGCUGCAGCAGAAGUGACAACCACCACGGCCACAACUGCUGCUGAAACUGCUGCAGCUGUUGCUACCACCACUGCUGCUUCUGCAGGAACAGCAGCCCCUGAAGGAGAAACUGCUGCAGCUUCCUCUGGGGUAGAAAAUGAGAGUACUGGCACAGCCACGGCUGAGGAACAGGGACAAGCAACUUCUGCGCCUGCUGUGCAGGAACAGACUGCAGAAAGUGCAGCUAACACAGAUGACUCUACCAAGCAGGAGGCCUCAGCAGAUUCUGCUUUAAAGAAAGAGGAUGAUGAAACCCAACCGGUUAAAAAAACCUACACAUGGAAUACAAAGGAAGAAGCAAAGCAAGCGUUUAAAGAACUGUUAAAAGAAAAGCGGGUACCAUCCAAUGCUUCUUGGGAGCAAGCUAUGAAAAUGAUCAUUAAUGAUCCUAGAUACAGUGCUUUGGCAAAAUUAAGUGAAAAAAAGCAAGCAUUUAAUGCAUACAAAGUACAAACAGAAAAAGAAGAGAAAGAAGAAGCAAGAUCAAAAUACAAAGAAGCUAAAGAAUCCUUCCAGCGUUUUCUUGAAAAUCAUGAAAAGAUGACAUCCACAACGAGAUACAAAAAAGCUGAACAAAUGUUUGGGGAAAUGGAAGUCUGGAAUGCAAUAUCUGAGCGUGAUCGUCUUGAAAUUUAUGAAGAUGUCUUGUUUUUUCUGUCUAAGAAGGAGAAGGAACAAGCCAAACAGUUACGAAAGAGGAAUUGGGAAGCUUUGAAGAACAUACUAGAUAACAUGGCUAAUGUCACUUACUGUACCACUUGGUCAGAGGCGCAGCAAUAUCUGAUGGACAAUCCUACAUUUGCAGAAGAUGAGGAACUUCAGAACAUGGAUAAGGAGGAUGCACUGAUCUGUUUUGAGGAACAUAUCAGGGCAUUGGAGAAAGAGGAGGAAGAAGAAAAACAGAAGAGUUUGCUUAGAGAAAGAAGGCGGCAGCGUAAAAAUAGAGAAUCUUUUCAGCUAUUUUUAGAUGAACUGCACGAGCAUGGACAAUUACAUUCAAUGUCCUCUUGGAUGGAGUUGUACCCAACCAUAAGCUCAGACAUCAGAUUCACUAAUAUGCUUGGUCAGCCUGUUUUUUCAUCAGGAUCCACAGCACUUGAUCUUUUCAAGUUUUAUGUUGAAGACUUGAAAGCACGUUACCAUGAUGAAAAGAAGAUAAUAAAAGAUAUCCUAAAGGUGAGAGGGGAAAAUGCUCUGUUAUGUGGUUUCUCUUUUAAUGCCCAAUACAUCAUUCAAGUGAACUCUUUGCUACUGGGAGAUGGGAUUUCGCAUUGCAUUAAUGUCACAUGCAUUAGCACUGAAGUGAGAGUUCCUGACUUGCCUGAUGCCAAAGAAGUGCUUUUCUUACAGGAUAAAGGAUUUGUGGUUGAAGUGAAUACUUCCUUUGAAGAUUUUGUUACAGUCAUCAGCUCAACUAAAAGAGCUACUACUUUAGAUGCAGGAAAUAUCAAGCUGGCUUUCAACAGUCUGCUAGAAAAGGCAGAAGCGCGUGAAAGAGAGAGGGAAAAGGAAGAAGCUCGCAAAAUGAAGCGGAAAGAGUCUGCCUUCAAGAGUAUGUUGAAGCAAGCUACUCCUCCAAUUGAAUUGGAUGCUGUCUGGGAAGAUAUCAGAGAUAGGUUUGUGAAGGAACCAGCAUUUGAAGACAUCACUCUGGAGUCUGAAAGAAAAAGAAUAUUUAAAGAUUUCAUUCAUGUACUAGAGCACGAGUGUCAGCAUCAUCAUUCAAAGAACAAGAAACAUUCUAAAAAGUCUAAAAAACAUCACAGGAAGCGAUCGCGUUCUCGCUCGGGCUCAGAGUCUGAGGAUGAUGACAGCCAUUCAAAGAAGAAAAGGCAGCGUUCAGAGUCCAGAUCAGUUUCUGAGCGCUCUUCCAGUGCAGAAUCUGAGAGAAGUUACAAGAAGUCAAAAAAGCACAAGAAAAAGAGCAAGAAGAGAAGACAUAAGUCUGAUUCACCCGAAUCAGACAUUGAACGAGAAAAAGACAAAAAGGAAAGAGAGAGGGAGAGUGAAAAGGAUAGAGCUAGGCAAAGAUCUGAAUCAAAACAUAAAUCUCCUACUAAAAAGAGACCUGGAAAAGAUUCUGGGAACUGGGAUACUUCUGGCAGUGAACUGAGUGAAGGGGAGUUGGAAAAACAGAGGAGGACUCUUUUGGAACAACUGGAUGAAGAUCAAUGAGAACGUUAUUUAUACCAAAUAUGUUUACAUUGUGGCAUAAUAAAAGAAACCAAUGUCUAAUUCAGGA